AGAAGGUGGCGGCUUUUGAUUUUUGAUGGAUCACUCGUGAUGCCAUGCAUGUCAUGUUCACCAUGUUCUGCUGGUUGGGCAGAAUCAGAACUUCGACUCUUGCAGAACAGAAAAAAACCUUGCGCGUUUUUGGGGCCAGGUCAGAGCUUGGCGGAGUUCAGGGAUCGAUAGGUUUCAUCAAGUUUCAUCGAGUUUUUAACUCCAAGUCUGUCACAUUUGAUUCAUUCACUUUGGACAGACUCAUGAAGCUCCAAUCUGCAGCACCUUUCAAACAGCUUCAAACAGCACCUCCUCGCCUCCUGUAUCAAGAUGGAGUGGUUCUCUGCAAUGGCUAUGGUCAUAUCUGGCCUCCUUUUGCUUCUUUGCCUGGUUGGCAUUCUAUAUCUCUUCCGGGUCUGGCUGCAGAGCCUGUGCGCCGAUUUGGACAAGCCUGCAUACACUCUGGGUGCUACUGAUUGGACGCGUCGCGUCUGCUCCUCAUGCUGCGGCGAUGAAUCACAAGAAGCAGGUCUGCUCCCGGCAUGCAAUUUCUCUGGUGAUGAAGAAGUAGUCCCGCAUCCUGGGCAGGAAGUGAUUGAUCAGGAAGAGGAUCAAGAGGGAGAGAAGGAGGUGGAAGAGAAGACACACCACCUGGAGGAGCUCAUCAGGGUAAGACUUAGAUGGGAGGCCCGUCUCAUGGUGGUCCUUCCCAUGGUGCCCUUUCUGGCGGCGCCAUGGACCAGCUGCACGGGCGGCAUGCCCAGCUGGGCAUACGGCCUGUACUUGCCUUUCCUCUUCAAGGCCAAAGUCUUAGAGGCUGUGAUGCUUCAGGAUCUGAACUCGGCGGCAGACCUUCGGAGUUUUGGCUUCUGGCUCUGGGGCCCUCUGGAGCACUUAGACAUGUUCACCGACGGUGCCAUGCCUCUCCAGGCCGCCUCCUGCGACCCGGCGGCCACCGAGCGCUUCGUCGCCGCCUUCCGGGGCUCGGGGCUGUCGGAGCUGUGGACCCCGCUGGCGGCGUGGCUGGGCUUGUCAGGGCUCAUGGCCUUGGCGUUUCUGUUGGCUACUGCCCUCCAGCAGGCGUUCAGUUCGACGUUGGAAGACUCAACGUUGAUGGCAGCACUGGGGGCAGACAUUGCAGGCCUUCAUGGCUUGUCUGCCUACUUCGAACGUGAUGCAAGUGUCAAGAACAAAAAGGUGAUGGUGGUGAUUUUGGUGAAGGUUUUAGCCGAGAACCUCCCCCAGCUCUUCCUGCAAUCGGCCUUUUUCAGCGCCUCCUUCAGCCGCUUCAGCGGCUGGGGUCGGCUGAAGAUCUUGAUGUCGAUGGGCCUUGGGAUCAUCAGUGUACUAAAGAAGCUGUCCAAGCUGGCCAUUGACAUGAUCUUCACCGUUUGGAGACAACCUGGAGAGCCACGCCAUGAGGGCUUGUGCAUCCUUGUGGCCUUCAUUCUGCCAGGACUUGGGCUGGUCGCUUGGGUGCUGGCCCGCAUCAUCAUGGCUCACCGUUGCGCGAGCCAUGAGUGGAACCUGGCCACGGGAUGUGCCGCCACCUUCAGCCAGGGGUGAACGUUUGUACCUGCUACCCUGGAUAGAUACCAAUUCCAGUCCAGGAUGCUAAAAGACAACAAUUAGCGACAUGGACAACAAAAGGUGGUUACAAGAUGUUAUAAGGUUUAGCAGGUAUAGCUUUGGAUGAGGACCGAUGCUGUGAGACCUCAAGUCCAGGAUGACUGGGUCGACCGUCGGAACCGACUGAACCCUGUGAGACCCAGCAGGUGUGAUGGGAAGUGUAGCGCAAGAGAUGCGGAACAUCUACCAGCACUAUCCCAUCUUGAGUGGAUAUUGGAAGGAACACGAAGGAACAUACCUCAUCAGAACGGUCCAUCCACGAAAACCAUCAUCGGCGCGAAACCGGCGGACCUUGGUCAACCAGCUGGACCGGGUGGCUUCAUGGAGCUUCGAAGUCCAGUUCCGAACGUGUUCAGGACGGGUCAGCUGGGUCACCGAAGCUCU